AUAUGUUACUGCACAUUCAAGGCAUUGCUCUAGCAUGUUUUAGCAUGGAAAGGAAAAAAUAAAUAACAUUUUAUAUUUGAUCAUAUUUGCUAAUUCAGAACUGCCCUAUUUAGUUCAAAGAAGACCACAACUGAAAGAAAUUUUACAGUUUUCCACUUUAAAUACUUGAAAUGGAGACCAUCAUUAUGCAGGGAAGCAGUAUUGGUGGCCACAUGUCCUACAAUAUAUAACACAUCAUAUUUUUAUAGGGGGUGGGCAACAUAAUUAUAAAAUCAGUAAACUAUAAUGGAAUUAUGUGAGACUUACAUUUUUCACUCACUGCUCUAUAUGGUUAUGGAAAAAAAUACAUACCAAGCAGACUCUAACCGCAAUGCAAUGGGCAUGCUUUGGCAUGGCAUGUUCUUUAUGUGAUACAAGGACACAAACUGAACACUCAAAGUUGCAAAAACAUUCACUGGCUUGUUGAAAAGUAAAUUAAUACCAUAAAUAUGCAUUUCAUUCCAACUCAUUUUACACUGUAUAUUGCAUUUAUUUGCCCUGGAUAAUGUCCAGCAGAACAUUAACCUUACAGAGUAAAAUGGGUAAUUAUGAACCUCUUGGCUCGCCAUACACAAGGUCACGUGACAAAAACACGACCGCGAACUAUUUGAUUUACAGUUGUUUUUAGUGAACGUGUCGUCGCAUAACAUGCUUACGAAAUCCUGCAAGUUUAAUUAAGCCUUUACUAAUAAAACGGUGUCUGUUUAUUGUAUUUCUCUCACUUCCCAAAGAUGCAAUGCGAAAAUAUCUCUCUAUGUUUACCUGGACAGCUAGCUUUUAGCUAACGGCAGCUAAUGUACAUCCCUUUGUGUAUUUCAGUCACCAUGGAGACGGCACAAUUAAGUUAGCAAUCCAGCUUUACCCACAAGCUAACGUUAGCCUGCUAAUUCGCAAGCAGAACACAACGCUGAGGAAUGUCGGUUAAUAUGAAACGAAUAAGCGAGUCCCAUAGGAACCCGUCCAUGCAGAGACAGAGAGCCUCCCGGAGAGUGUUAAGGACAGGUUCCCCACCGUUCGAUGACCGCAGCAGGUGUUUGACCUCAUCCUACCUGAAGUCGGCUAGCCAUUUGGAUUUGACUGGAGAGAGUGAAGAUGCAGCUAAGGAUGCACUCAGUGAUGAUGAUGAAAGGAAAUGCAUGGGAAUAAGAUACAUUACAGAAGAUCUGAUUAAGAAGUUGACUAAACAAGAUAAUUUAGCCCUUGUGCAGUCCUUGAACCUGUCCAGUAUUCAUGGAGAUAAAUACUUCAGGUACAUUGAAAACUUGGAAAAAUGUGACCGUCUUCAGGUUCUCAACCUCAGUUACAACUGCAUUGAAAAAAUUGAGAAGCUGGAGAGGCUUCAUAAAUUGCGAGAGCUGCAUCUUUCCAAUAAUAGGAUAAAGAAAAUUGAAGGCCUCGAGCAUAUGGCAUGCCUUCAGAUUCUGAAUCUGGCCAACAACAGUAUUGAACAAGUGCCUCUCUGGUUAGCAAAAAAGCUCAGAUCCCUUCAGACGCUGAACCUACAAAACAACAAGAUAUUUUCGCUGCAUGAGCUGUCCAGACUGAAGCAUCUGAAAAACCUUACCAAGCUGAUGUUAGCAGACAGUCCUGUAUCUGACCUAGCCCACUACCGCCUCUUCUUAAUUUUCCAUCUGAGGUCACUAGAGGUGCUGGAUGGAGAGAGAAUCAGCGAGCAUGAGAGAGAGCAAGCCCAUCUGCGCUUUCACACUGAGGAGGUAGAGCGUCUGGAGCAAGAGCUCGAGGAGAGAGGGGCAGAGAUAGAGCAGCUUCAGAAGGACAAGGCUGCAGCUCUGGAGGAACUGGAGCAGCAGGAAAAGCUCCAGCAAAGGCUGUGGGUGCAGAGUGAGGAGCAACAGCAACAUCAGGAAGAACUCGAAAGGGAGCUAAAUACCAAGUCUGAACUGGUGCUUACUUAAAGGGUGAUAUUGAUGCUGAAGCAAAAGACCUCAGAGCUGACCCGGGCCUGCCAGAAGCAGUAUGAGCUGGAGCAAGAGUUGGCCUUUCAUAAGAUUGAUGCUAAGUUUGAGCCAAUUCCAUUUUAUCCAAGUCAGGAACUAGAGGAGGACAUUCUGCCAAAUGAGAGUCCUUACAUUGGAAAGGCUCGUCAUAAAAGGAGCAUGCUCACACCAGACAGCAUAGAUACGGGGGACAGACAUUUAACCCCAGGGGGUUUGGCACUGACAGAAAGCCCAGGGGAGGAUGCGCCCAGGCAUGCCAUAGAGAGAGCAGAAGAGAGGUUGCAGCAGCUGCAUAAGGAGAUAGAGAACAAAGAGCAACAGAUCCUGAGAGCCAGCGAGGAGCUACGCCAGCUAGAAGAGGCAGCAUCCCAGAAAAGAAUUUCUGAGGCAGAGAAGGAACAUCUGAGGCAGCAGCUGCGUGGGAAGAUACAGGGGCUGGGGGAGCUGCGGAAAGAGGCGGAGGCCCUAGAGAAACAGCUGGAAAGGCACAGAGCUGAGUAUGGCCAGACUCAGGGGGAGCUGGAGCAGCUCCAGAGCUUACUGCAGUCGCUGGAGCCAGAAGACCCCAGACAUACUCAUGUGAAGGCUCAGGUGGCCAGUAAGAGUCAGCUGCUGGCCAUGAUGAGCAGGAAGCAUCGCGAGCUGGAGGGCCGGCUGGAUGACAUGCUUACACGCAUCACCAAGGAGACACAAGAAAUCAAAGAUUUGGAACAACAGCUCACAGAGGGUCAGAUAGCAGCUAACGAGGCAUUGAAGCAGGAUCUAGAGGGCAUAAUCUCAGGACUGCAGGAGUACCUGUAUGGGGUGAAGAACGAAGCUCGACGGGCCCAGUCUGACUGCCUGCACCUACAGAGGGAGAGAGACGCUCUGCAGCGUCUCCUACAAGACAAAGAGCAACAGCUCAGCCAACUGCAGCGAGAAGCACUGCAGAUUAGUGAAAGCACAAAAGAGGAAUUGUUGCAACACCAGGAGGAGUUGGAGGCUCUGAAGAGGGAAAAUGUGGUGCUGAGGCAGGCUCAAAGCCGGGUCAGCGCCUACGAAGCUGAACUGGAGGCUCAGCUGAGGGAGAGAGACACUGAGGCUGGCCAGCUGAAAGAAGAGUUGGGACAUCUGCAUCGGCUCAGUCAGCUGGAGCAUUCUGCGCUGCAGGCGGAGCUGCAGAAGGAAAGGCAGGCUAAAGAGAAUGCUCUGGCCCAGCUGCAGCUGGCUGCAGAGAGAGAGUUGGAGAACAAUGAGCUCCUGCAGCAGCUCAACACAGUACAGAGGGAGAAAAGAGAUCUAAUGGAGAAGGUCAGUGUCCUCCAGAAUGACUUGCAGAAGGUCAGGAGGGAGCUGUUGUGCCCUAAACAGGUGGCCAAACGUUUGGGUGAGCUAAGGAGAAGCAUAACCAAAGGACCAGGAGAACUAAGGAUGAGUGAGGAUGGAGAUCUGCUGGGUGAGAGCUUGUCUAAACUGCAGGAGGAGCUGCAUCGCACCAUCUCAGCUGCUUUCAGAGACCGUGAAGAGGCCCAACAAGGUCAGGACAGACUAGCACAUGAAGUGACUUCCCUCAGAGACAGGCUCAGGAACUACCAGCAGAAAUACCAGAAUGCACGUGAAGAGGCUGAACAGGCCAGGGCAGCAGAGAGGCGUGGGGAGGAGGCUGAGCUAAUCAGCCUGAAGGAGGAGCUGCAGGAGGCACGAGAGCAACAGUACCUGAUGAUGCAGCGUCUGCAGGAGGCUGAGAGUGAGAGAGACCGCCUCAUCACUGAACUGGAGGAGCAAGACAAGCAGAUGAAGGAUGAGGAGACUCACACCCAGGAGCAUCUGCAAUCUCUGGAUCUGGAGUUACGGGAGCUCAGAAGAUCCUUCACUGCUGCAGAUCAAAUGGCUGCCCAGCAACUAAACGCUGCUAAGGAUCAGCUCCGCUCACUCCACAGCACUGUGCAGAAAAUCAGCCAGGAGAGAGCAGAGGAUGCAGAGGAACUUAAAGAAUCAAAGAUCCAAGCUGCUCAAGCCAUGCAAGAUCUAACUAAGGCAGAGGCUGAAAUCCAGGUUCUGCAGAAAAUGCUUCAAGACAGGGCUCAUGUAAUGGAAAUGGAUAGCCCUGGUGUCCCACACUCCAGCAUGCCCCAAAAAGAGUUAGCCAGACUGAACCGAGCUUUGAAAAGACAACAGGCUCAGACCAAAAGGCUCAGAGAUCAGUUGGCGCAAGCCAACGAAGAUAACAGUGGAAACUUGGAGGAGCUGCUUGAGGAGAUAGAAGCACUAAGAGAUACUCUGCUGCAGCAGAACAACUACUUGUCUAGUUUUGUGGAUGCUCCACGCGAUAAAGGCUACUGGUACUAUGUACCACCAAACCAAAAUCCACCCAGUCUGGGUUCUCAGGGCACUUACGAUUCUGGAUUGGGCUCUCAGCAUCUACCAUCCCCAGAUAGAGGCAGGCAUUCCAGAGGCAGGCAUCGCAAAGAGACAAGACCUCCUUCCAACACAGGAUACUGGGUCUACUCCCCUUGUUCACAUGACCCACUCACUCAUGGAGGAAGAGAUCCUCCCUAUGGAGUCAGUGAUGGUGAGAGUGAAGAGGAUAAUGUUAGAGGAACUCAUUUCACUCCUCCGCCAGGCUCAGUCAUCUACACUGUGCCCCCUGAUGGCACCCACCUCCCUCCAGGCACCGUCAUCUACGCUCCCCCUCUACCAGGCGUGUCUGUCUUCCCUGGUGCAGUAUUCUACGGCCCUCCUCCUGACGGGGCCAGGCUGGUGUUUGGCCCUCCUCCUAGUGGACUGCAAAUCCCUCUGAUUCCUAAUGGGACUCUACACUGUAAUGUGCCUGGCCAUGAGGAUAUGGAGCGCUCUCUGAGAGAGGCAGAGCUUUCUUUAAGAAAGCAGCGGUCAGGCACAGCUGUCAGUGAGCGAGAGCUGCUCAGGUUAGAGGAGCAGAGAUCAGAUCUACAGCUGGAGCUUAAAGAGCUGCGGCGCACUGUGAGCCGACUGCAGCGCCACAGGAGGCUGUUGGAGAGUUCAGUAAGUCGUGCAGAGGAGGAGCAGUGUGUAAUGGGGGAGGUGGAGUGCCUAGAGAAGACUCUGGUAAAACGCAGAACUGAGCUACGAGAGGCAGAGCGCCUGCUGCUGGAGGCUGAGGCUGACCUGAAAGAUGCCAGAGCUAAGACCAAAGACACUCUGCAAAGCUGUGGUGAAGCUAAACAGCGGUUACAGGCAACAGAACAUGAGUUGGAGGAGAUUGAACUACAGACUCAAGACAGCGCCAAACAGCUAGUACACACCAAACAGCAGCUCCGGGAUCUCCAGGAAGAGAUUAAGGACCUGCACAAACAAAAGCAGGACAAGGAAAACACACUACAACAGAUAGAAAAAGUGAUUGCAGCUCAAGAUGCAGAGUUUCAAGAAGUUAACAGAAAUCUGGAGAGAACAAGGAUUAAAUUAGACACAACGCAGGAGGAGCUGAAAGAAACACAGAUCUUAGAAUCAAAACUCCUGAAAAACUGCAGAGAUGCAGAGGUCCUUUUAACCCAGCGGAAAAAUGAACUGGAACAUCUCAACACCCAGAUGCUGCUGCAGCAGGAGGAGCUAUCUCUGCUGGGCAGGAAGCUGGAGCAGUGGCAGGAGGAGGAGGCUGUAAUGAGGGAAAGUGUGGAGAAACACAGGAAGGGCCUGGUAGAGGUGCUGAGAGAGGGGGAGCAAGAAGCACACAGCCUACAGAAACGUAUUAAGGACCUGCGUGUUGAUGUGCAGGCUCUGGCUGUGCAGAAGGGAGAGCUGGACUCUCAGCUCACAGAGAGGAAGAGCAGAUUGGCUCAGUUUAAAAAGGAGGAGCAGCAAGAAGAAGAGGCCAUGCAGAAACUGCGCUCAAUCAUUAACAAACAUAAAGCAGAGCUGAAGCAUGUGUUGGAGAUGAUCCAGCUGAAGAGUGCUGAGCUAGAGGGAGUGAAGGUUCAGCACAACAAGAAAGUGGACCAACUGGAGAAGAGCCAGGAAACUCUGCUCCAGGUGCGUAUGGAGCUGCAGGUGGUGCAGCAGGAGCUGCAGGAGCAGCAGGAGAGGCAGAGGAAGCUGCAAGAGCAGUGCACUAACUUGGAGGCUCGCCGCACGCACGCUCAGAGAUGUUUGGAGGCAGCAGAGGAGGGAGCGCAGGCAGCAGAGGCAGAGCUAUUGAAGCUGCAGGCAGAGCUGGCCAAGCUGAAGCAGGAGUACAGACAUGCCAACAGCCUCAAAGAAGAGGUCAACAGAGAUACUGACACGACCCAGCGGCAACUAGAAGAGAAGACUGAAGAGUUGAAUAAGCUAAAGGAGCAGGUUGCACAUUCACAACUUCAGCUAGAGGAGAUAAGAAAGGAAGUAGAAGACGUUCAGAGAGGGCGGGAUGAUCUGGUAAAGCAGCAGCGAGAGCAGAAGGCUGAGCUGCAAAACAAGACUGAAAAGAUCCAGAGGAGACAGCAGAGAGUGGACAAACUGGAGCAGCAGCUGAAGGAUCUAGAGGUGGCGUUGGCCAAGAAGGAAGCCCAACUUGAACAACAGGAAGAGCACAUGAAGUCGCAACAGCAGCAGAGUUUAGAGCUGGAGGAGCUGCAGAGACAGCAGCAGCAGAAGCUGCAGUCUCAGCUGCAGGCACUAGAGGGAGCACUUACCCAGCGUGUGGAGAAGAUGGAGCAAGUCUCAGCUGCUGUGGAAGAACUGGAGGAGAAGAGAUGCUUUCUGCAAGCAGAUCAGCAGCACAGUGCUUUGCUACAGGACAGGGCAGCACAGCUUGAAGAGGAGUUGGCUGACAGAGAGGUCAGGCUAAGGGCCAAAACAAAGGAGGCGAGGGAGGUCAGGGAGGAUCUGGAGACCUGCCGCUCUGAGCUUCAGCGUCUUCAAGACACUCUGGCUGCAGAGAGGAGGAGCAUGGAGGCACGGCUUGUAACUGCGAAGAACCUCAGUCUAGCUGAAAAAGAGAAACUGCAGCAGGCUGAGAAGGAGCGGGAGAGAUUGCACAGGGAGCUGGUGGUGGUGGAUCAGGCAGCUCAGGAGAACCACGAGAGAGCCACAGGCCUGCAGCUGGAGCUCAACUCAACAUCUCAGGAGCUUCUUUGCCUCAAAGACAAGCUACGGCACCAAGGAGAGGGGAAGAAUCGUCUGCGAGAGAUCAGGGGUACAGUCCGCUCUCUGAGGUCAGAGGUGAGAGCAGAGUUGGACACCAGUAUGAAGGAGUUGGCGUUGCAAUCUGCUGCAUCCAACGAUGCAAACGACCACAAGGAGAACCAUGUCUUGUCACCAUUAGCUGUGAGGAAGUCCACCUACAAUACCAAAGACGAGCAGUGGCGGGGAGAAGCACAGAGAGAGCAACUGAGGCAGCGUGAAGAUCAUCUGAAGGCUCAGCUGCGCAGGUCGAUGUUCUCUCAGCAGGAGGUGCUGAGUCUGCGCAGGCAGCAGACAGAGGGCAGCAUCCAGGGACUACGCAGACGGGUAGACAAGCUGGACCAGCUACUGGGCAAAUCCAGCCAUGAGUCCCCAUAUCUAAGUGACUCUGAAAUCUCUGCUAAGUAGAGCUCUGUAAGUGAGGACUGGAGAAGAGCUGGCAACACCAGAGAAGAUCGUUCUUAUAGUCCUAUUAGACUGGACCCCUCUGUCCCUGAGAAAGACUAAGCACACCUCCUGAGCCAAGUACACUAAAGCCAUUCCUGUUCAAAAAGGAAAAUUUCUCUUUCUCUGAAGUUCUGAAGCCAAGUACCUCUCAACUUUCAGAGGAGAUUCUCCUAUGCACUUU